AUGAAGUACAUUCCUCCACUAAGUUUUGCACCGGUCGUGGGUACGGAUGUUGACCUAUACAGGUCGGGGUAUCCGAUGCCCUUGAACUAUUCGUUCAUAAAGCAUCAAUUGCAUUUAAAAACAGUGAUAUACGUCGGUGACAAAGAUAUUUUGCCCGAAUACAAAGCGUUUUUGGAAGAAGAAUCCAUCAAAUUCCACCAUAUACCGAUGAAGUCUACGAAAGACCCAGAAAUACAAAAGGAAAUGGAAACUGUACUUAAACUGGUGUUAGACGUAAAUAACUAUCCGAUUCUUGUGCAUUCAAACAAGGGCAAACAUCGUGUUGGUGUUGUAGUCGGGAUAAUUAGGAAAUUAUUACUCGGGUGGUCCAUGACAGGCAUAUAUCAAGAAUAUGACUUAUUCACUGGAGGGCAAAAGGGUGAUAUUGACCUAGAAUAUAUCACAAUGUUCAACACUUCGAUUAACGUACCCCUGGACAGAUUGCCUGAUUUCGUCAAUUUCAAGAAUCAUCCUAACGAAACCCAUGAAAAGCUGGCCGUAUGA